AUGGGAUCGCCAACGGGCGAAAGUAACACCGAAAAGCGCCCGCAGGACGCAGAGGUGUCCGAUUUUCCCAAUGAUGACAAUGCGGAUUUCGAUGUUAACGUCCUAAGUGCAGCCAACGGCGGCGGUACGAAUCCAAGCGAAUUUAUUUCGAGUUUACUAGAUGUCAUGGCAAUUAAAGCGUUCAAGAAAGAGGAACAGAGGAAGCCGAUUGUAAGUCUGCCGAGUUCGCUAAAAAGCACGAAAUCUGCGCCGAUCGAUAAAGAGGUCAUCGAAUAUAUCGCUGAAUAUCUUAAAGUUGGAUUUCGUGUCGCGACCAACGUCUUCAUCGAGACAAUACUUCUUGCGAGAGUAGAAUCAGCAAUAAAAAAUCAGAUUUAUCGCAAACUAUGGGAAAACAAAGACAAAACAGAAAAGUUGCUGAUGAAGUUGACGAAGCACAGAAAGGCGCAGAUCGACGACCACCAGAAUACCGAAUCGCCGUCAAAUGUGUCAACAUUCGACGACAGCAUCUCGACAGUCAACGAGAGCCAGAAUUUCGGAUCACAAAAUCCGCUUCGUUUGUAA